AUGAUGCUCGAUUUUGGGCCCUCGCACAGGGCGCUGGCCAGCUUCAAUCAAGGCCUCGCAUGGGACUUGAUGGAAAAGGUUAGGCAAAUUCCCCACUACGACCCCGUGGCCGAGCCUGCCGGUAUCAUCGACCUAUCCGGGGCCCUCAAUGCCUUGAUGGAUGACUGGAUGGAAGAGUACUACAUUUCGCUCCCACCAUUGCAUGUCAAGUCUAUAUUUAACUAUGGCCCUCUCUAUGGCUCUGAUCAACUUCGUUCCGCCGCUGUCGGUUUUUUUAAUCGUUUCUUCAAACCCUCGUCCCCUGUGCUGCCAUCUCAUGUGCUUGCGGGCACUGGCGUCACCUCUCUUAUCGACCUCAUUGCCUGGACGAUAUGUGACGAGGGGGAUGGUGUACUCUAUCUUACGCCCAACUUUUACAUGCUCGAGACAGACUUGACAAUUCGUGCCUCCGUCACUGCCAUUCCCGUCUCAACCUCUGGUCUACAGUAUCCUGAUGGUGAGAGCGAUAUUGAGCAGCUCGUGUGUGCCUUUGAAGAUGCGGCUACAGAUGCCGAGGCUAAGGGCAUCAAAUGUCGCGUCCUCUUCCUGUGCAACCCUCAGAAUCCCACUGGAAGAUGCUACUCUCCCAAGACACUCUACGCCCUCGCCAAGUGGUGCGCUCGCAGAGGUAUGCACCUUGUGGCCGACGAGAUAUACGCCCUCUCCACCUUUGACCAUGAUGAAAACUCAGAGAUGCAGAACUUCUGCUCGGUACUGAGUAUUCCCUCGGAUGGUGUUCUAAAGGAUAACGUCCACUGUUUGUACGGAAUGAGCAAAGACUUCAAUAUGGGCGGCAUGCGGAUGGGAUUCCUCGUUACCCGGAACGCGGAGAUCCUCAACGCAGCUACGAGAGCAACGUGGUUUACGUGGGUCACAGCCUUUUCAGACUCCUUCAUAGCCCGGUUCCUAGGGCACCUAGAGCUGGUCGAAAGCUACAGGGUACUCUACCAGCGCCGCCUGGGUGAGCAAUAUGCAACUACUGUAACCGCUCUCAAAAGCAACGGAAUACCGUACCAGAGAGCCAAAGCCGGGUUAUUCGUUUUUGUCAAUCUAAGCAAGUGGCUAGUAUAUUUUAAGACCGACGAAACUCCAGAGUCUGGCCAUGCUACGCCUGAGCUGCGACUCUGCAGCUGGUUGAUCGAUCAUGGCGUCUUUCUUAAUCCUGGACAGUUUGCGGGCUCGGAAGGCCCAGGCCACUUUCGCCUCGUCUUCACAGAAGUUCCGGAUGCGACGGUGCUGGCCAUUAUUCGUAUGCGAAAAGCGUUACAGGCGCUCGAGGGGAAUAAUCCCACAGGAGACCGUCAUGUUUGA